AUGAAAAGACAAAUUGAAGCGAUUGACUCUGACGAGAGCAUGACCCAACAACAUUCUGAUGAGGAAGAUAGUAAAAAAGUAAAACUCGAUCAUCCAAAGAGCUCUUCGGAGGAACCACAGGUGGCAUCAUCAUCACAGGUUUACCAUCAUCAUCAUCACUUGGAUACUCUCGAUUAUAAAAAUCCUCUUUCCCCAUUCUCUGAUGAAGAAUCUUCGGUUGGUGUUUCAAAAUAUGUGGACAUUGCAAUUCAUCCCAACCAACUCGACCUCACCCUUCCUCCCUUCACUGGUAUCAUGAAACAAAAAUUUAGUGAUUUCAUUGUUCAUGAAAUUGAUCGAAAUGGAAAUGUUGUUUAUUUGACAGACACCAACAUUCCAGAUCACAUCAAAGACAAGCGUUCAAAAGAUUUAUCACUCAGUGAACAAGAAAAGAAAGAAAAUGAAUUGAAAGGAAUUGAAGAAUUGAAAAGAAUUCUCUCUGAAAAUGUCCUUUCAUCCUUUGAAUCAUUUUUAUCUAGUCAAAGUGAAACAGAAAAAAAAUUAGAAGAAAUUGCAAAACAACGAAAGAGAAUUGAAGAAAGUGAUGUUCCAACUCUUUUAAUUAAGGAAAAUGACAAAACCAUUCGAUCGAAUAUUCACAAACUUAUUUCCACUUACUUUUCACAUGCUCUUGUUUCAGAUACUCUUACCAAAGACAAUGAACAACACAUUCGAUUGAGAUUUCAAUUUCGUAGUUUUACAUUACAAACUUUAUUUUUGAAUAACCAAAAUAAUAGCAAAUCAAAAAAGAGACAAAAAAGAAAAGGUUCAAAAAAGAAUGAACUUCCAUCAUUGGCAAGUGGUGAAUCUUAUUUUGAUCCAAGACAAUUUGCAUGGCCAAAAGAUCGUCCCAAUUACAUUCAAUUUGUUCUCUAUAAGGAAAAUAGUGAAACGACAGAAAUUUUAGGAGAAAUUGGAAGAAUUUUAAAAUUGAAACAAAAGAACUUCCAAAUUGCAGGAACUAAAGACAAGAGAGGAAUUACAACUCAAUUGGUCACUGGAUAUCAAAUUAGUGCUGAAAAACUCUCUCAAGUGAAUCAUCGAUUUAAACACAAAGUCAUUCGAGUUGGAAAUUUCCAAUAUGUUGAAAAUCCAUUACGAUUAGGAGAUUUGACUGGAAAUCGUUUCACAUUGGUAUUGAGAGAUUUGAAAAUUCCAGAAAGACCAUCAUGUCUUCCACCACAAUUACAAUCAUUACCACAAUCAGAACAAUCUCAAUUACCAUUACAAUCAUCACCACAAUUACCAUCACAAUUACCAUCACAAUCAUUACCACAAUCAAAACAAGAUCAUUCCACACAACCUCAAAAAUCGAUUGAAGAAAUAUUCAAAGAACGAAUUGAUCAAUUGAAUCAAUAUGGUUUCAUUAAUUAUUUUGGAAUGCAACGUUUUGGAAUUACUUACAAUAGUGUGAAAAAUAUUUAUCACAGUGAUUAUCCCACUUACUUGUUAGGUCAACAUUUAUUGAAAUGUGAAUGGAAAGAAUUAGCAAGAUGCAUCUUUCUUUCAAGUAUUCAAUCUUCCAAAGACAAACGUUCCAAUCAAACACUUCAAGAUUUUCUCGAUGGUAAAAUCACUUCUCGUGAAUGUUAUGAUGCAUUACCUCGAUCUCGUAAUCACACUGAAAAGAUUAUGUUAAAUUCUUAUUUGAAAACUCAUGAUCGAGAUCAUCUCACUGCCAUUCAAGCAUUACCAUUGAAUUUACUGACCAUGUAUAUUCAUUCGUAUCAAUCCUAUGUAUUUAAUCAUAUGGUUUCAUUACGUAUUGAAAAACAUGGAUUGAAAGUGGUGUGUGGAGAUUUGGUCAUUUCAAGACGACAACGACAAUGGCAAGGACAAUCUUGUUUAGGAGAAUCUUCAUCCUUCUCCUCCCCUUCAACAGGAGUAUCUUCCUCAUCUUCAUCCUCCUCCUCAACAGGAGUAUCUUCAUCUUCCUCAACAUUCCAUUUUGAUUCCAAAUUGACUUUUGAAUCUCCAAUUGUGAGAAUUGAAAGUGAAGAACAAGCUCAACAAUAUUCCAUUCAUGAUGUGGUCAUGACCAUUCCAGGUAUUGAUAUUCAAUAUCCUUCCACAGAGUAUGUGAAUAAGAACACGUAUGAUGAAUUUAUGAAACAACAUGGAUCGAUUAGUGAAGAAGAUUUUAAAAAACAUGUUUCUCAAUACAAAACCUAUGGAGCCUAUCGUUUCAUGAUUCAAAAAGCUCAAAAUAUUGAAUAUGAAUUUAGAGAGUAUAGUGAACAGGAUGAAAAGAUGUGUAAACGAUUGGUUGAAACGGAUGAUGACAAGUUGGUAUCAACCAAAAAGAAGAGUGGUCAACAAGGUGGUGGUGGUGGUCAGAAUAGUAGUAGUCAACAAAGUGGUAGCAUCAGUGAUGGUCAUGCUAGUAGUAGUAGUAGUAAUAGCAAUAGCAGUAAUAGGAAAAUGAAAAAGGCAGUCAUUCUUUCCUUCUCACUCGAUUCCUCUACCUAUGCCACCAUGUUCAUUCGUGAAUUACUUCGAUUACCAUCUGUGAUUGAUUGGAAAUGGAUUGCAGGAGAAAAUACGAGCUUGAGUGCACUCAAAGUGAUGAGUAAGGAUGAUCAAGACCAACAAUUUCAUUUAUUGCAAGACGACACCAAUGGUGAGGCAUUUGAAAUGACAACGGAAGAGUUACUGGUCAAUGAUGAUUCAGGCGAUCAUGUUGUUGAAGGUGAUGAUGAAGGAAUGGAAGAUUUUUAA